AUGUCACAAGCCCCCGCCACCCAAAUCUACCUCCGGACACCACCCGAGCCCGGCAAAAAAUCUGCAGCACGUGUCUACAUCAUCUACUUCGUGACAGGGAACCCAGGCCUCGUGGAAUACUACCGCACCUUCCUCACCCAUCUCUACGGCCUGUUGAGCCAGGACACGGCGUCGAACCGGGAUGUGGAGUUUCAAGUGUACGGGCGCUCGUUGAGCGGGUUCGAGGUCAAGGCGGCGGAUAUGAAGACUAUGAAAUGGGGGAAACAGCCACCGUAUGGACUGCAGGACCAGAUUCGCCAUGCCGAAAACCAAUUGACUGAGCUUGUGGAAGAGGUCAAGGAGGAGGGGGCGAAGGAUGUUCGGGUCAUUCUUGUGGGGCAUAGUGUGGGUGCGUAUAUUUCGCUCGAGGUGAUUAGGCGGUUGAGAGCGCAUGGGCUUGCGGGCGAGGACUUUGAGACGAGGAUUGUAGGCGCGGUUGGGCUGAUGCCGACGAUUGUGGAUAUUGCGAGGAGUGAGAGUGGGAUUAAAGCGGCGCCCUUGCUCAAAAACUCAAACUUCGCCACCCUAACCUCCCUCCUCGCCUCCCUCCUAACCCUCUUCCUCCCCCUCUCCCUCCUCACAACCCUCAUCUCCAAGCUCCUCGCCUUCCCCCAAACCGCCGCCCACACCACCGCCCACUUCCUCAAAUCCCCACACGGCAUCCACCAAGCCCUGCACAUGGCCCGCGACGAAAUGUUCCAAAUCGACACGGACAUUUGGGACGAGGAGAUUUGGGGCGCUGGUGCCGGUGCGCCGCGGUCCAAGCAUCCGCAUCCGCGGCCCGUGCUGCGGUUUUUGUUUGCGAAGCGCGAUCAUUGGGUUGCGGAUGCGACGAGGGAUGCGCUGAUUAGUGGGAGGGGUAGGGUUGAGGGCGGGGUUUAUCCGAAUGGGGUGGAGGAGUGGAGGCCGCUGAUGGAGGUGGAUGAGAGGGAGGGGUGGCCGCAUGGGUUUUGUAUCAGGCAUGGGGUGCCGGUUGCGGAGAAGGUGGUGGGUUAUGUGAGGGAUAUUGUGGCUAGGGAUGAGGGCAAGUAG